AAUAUUGUUUAUAAAUUUUACUUUCAAGACAAGACAAAUCAAGUCUUAUGAAAACUUGCGGCAUUAACUCCAAAUUAAAACUAGGUAGCCAACAUGUUUCUGUCCAUCGCACCGCCCUUAAUGGAUUUCGAGGACGAACUGCUGUGGAUAAACCAGUCGAACAGCGAUAAGGUGGAGAUCCUUUACGACCAGUCCAACUACGUUACUCCCAACACGAAGCAUCUCAUUGAACAGGCAUUCCUUCAGCCACUCAGUCUGCAGGAUCAGCACAUUUUGUUCGACGACCUUCUAAAACAAAACACGGACAUUGCACGGCAAUAUGGACUGACCCCAGCCAAACUACCUCUGCUCGUUGAAAACAAUCCCCUAAUUUCCAUUGAGAUUUUACUAAGACUGAUGAUGACCACCGAUAUAACGGAGUACUUUAAUAUAUUGGUUAAUAUGGAUAUCACGCUUCACUCCAUGGAAGUGGUCAACCGACUAACCACUUCGGGACCUCUGCCCACGGAAUUCAUUCACUUGUACAUCAGCAACUGCAUCUCGACCUGCGAAACAGUCAAGGAUAAGUACAUGCAAUCCCGACUUGUGCGUCUGGUCUGCGUAUUUCUUCAGUCCUUAAUCCGCAACAAAAUCGUCAAUGUUAAGGUGAGAGCUAUAAACAUUUCCUUCGAGCAAGUCACUAUGUUUAGUUAUCUUUUCCAGGAACUAUUCAUCGAGAUCGAAGCUUUUUGCGUGGGUUUCAGCAAAAUUAAGGAAGCUGCCGCCUUGUACCGCCUCAUCAAACACUUGGAGACCGGCGAAAGUGCUCUGUCUUCCAGUUCUCUAACAAAGUAACAAUGUUACGUUUAUAACUUAGUUCAUAAAUAGCCAAAUAAAAGAGAAAACUCCCUUUGUACAUGUAAAACAAAU